AUGCUAGAAUAUUUCACCUACAAGAAAGUCAAGAAGCAUCAGGACGAGAAGAAAGGAGGCAAGGAAAAAGAGACAAUGGUUAAAACACCACCACCGCUUCUCAACGAUGAGGAUGAAGCAUUCCUCACCCGUAUCGUAUCCGCAGAGGGUACACCGCCUCCACUACCCACGAGACCGAAUUUUGGAGCGGAGGCUGGUGACAGCACGGGGAAUGACGCGCAGAUGGUUGUGCAUGAUGGCAGGGAGGAUCACGAUCACCACCGUCGGCAUUCGAGCCAGAGCGUAGGCAAGGGGAAGGGAAAGGAGAAGGAAACUGAGGUGAAGAAAGAGAACAAGAUCACAGGGUUUUUGGGAAGAACCUUUACGAAGAGGGGACAACGACCAGAUCUUAAACCAAAAUCAAACGUCCCAGAGCCAGAGGCACAGCGAGAAGAAGAUGAUCUCACCGCUAUCCUCGAUGAUCUCGACCUCACGGCUACGAACAAUCGCGCAUUCUCUCUAUCAGCCGAAUCCCAAGAGCUGGUUCGCAAGUUCAAUGUCGUCUUCAAGGAUUUGAUCAAUGGAGUUCCGACCGCGUAUGAUGAUUUGGUAGGCUUGUUGAAUGAUAGCGAUGGGACAUUAUCGAAAAACUACGAGAAAAUGCCCAGCUUCAUGCAGAAACUCGUAACGUCACUUCCUGAUAAGUUGACUAAGAAUCUGGCACCAGAGCUAUUAGCUGUAGCGGCAGAAUCACAAGGUUUGAAAGCUGGAGCUACUGCGGCUGGCGGCGCGGGCUUGAAGAGCUUCUUCACCCCUAGCACGUUGAAAGAUCUUGUCACGAAACCUGGGGCUGUGAUGAGUGCUUUUAAAGCUAUUAUGAAUGCGUUGAAACUGAGAUGGCCUGCUUUCAUGGGUACUAACGUAUUGUUGAGUUUGGGAUUGUUCGUGCUCAUGUUCUUCUUCUGGUACUGCCACAAGCGUGGCCGUGAAGUAAGAAUCGAGAGGGAGAACGCACCUGUCGAUGCCAAUGGCCGAAUCAUAGAGGUCGAUGAAGCGGGUCCCAGUCGAAGUGGUCCUUCAUCGCCUCGCCGCCACCACUCAGAUGACAGCAGAGACCAUAAGUACGAUGAUCCCGAUGAAGAGGCAGCGGCUCUCGAAAGACGCAAAGCGAGACGAGCAGCGCAUGAGCGUGAAAAAGAAGAGAAACGCAGAGCUGAACGAAGAGAUGAGCGAGAUCAUGAGGACUCAAGUAGACACCAUAGUCGACCGAGCAGCUCUCGCCAUGGGAGUAGUAGUAAGCUCAAGGCGGAUGAGAGAGACCGUGAUGGGAGAAGGUCGAGAAGCUCUAGGGAAUCGAGAGAGUCGAGGGAUUCGAGGGACAGAAGACAUUGA